AUGUUUCUAAAACCAAUUUUAUUGUUACUCUGUGCAAGGUUUGUGCAAUCUGUAGUGCUAAACACAACAUGUCCGGUAGUCGAACCGAUGGAAUUGGAUUGGAAAGAACUUGACGGAAAAUGGUACAUAGCGGCCAUGGCGGCUGACCAUCUGAACAUUGAAGGCGCAUGCGCGUCCCUCACUUUCAACCAUAGCAAUUACACAGAUGUGUCCAUAAGCUGGGCGAAGAACAACAUGACUGACUUCUACAAUGGAACAGUGUCGAUAACCAGUGACCCUAACAGUAAUAGCAGUGGAGAUCUACUGAUAAUAACGUAUUCAGAUGGUAAAUCAGAGACGUACAAAUUUCUUGACGUGGACUACCAGCAUUACGCAGUCAUGUUCUCUUGUGAAGAUUACGAAGACGGCAACAGUAGCGUUUAUGAAAUUUGGAAAAUGACACGCUCACCGAUAAUAAAAGCUAGUGACGCCAUGAAAAUCGACCAAGCGAUCGCCAAAUAUGAUCUUCAAGACACCAUCUUCACCACGUUCAAUAAUAGUGAAGAGAAAUGCAGUGAAUCAUCAAAAGGACAUCAAAAUUUGGAUUCUACUACACUGCUUAUGACUUCAGCGGCUGCGUACGCGCUUCUUAGGAGACUGUACUAA